ACAAACGAAUAUGUCUGCCUCCGUAGAAGCCCCCGGAACAUCUUAAUUUUAUCGCUCAAAUAUUGUGUGAACACAAAUUCCAGCUACGAGAACCAGAAUUUAUACAAAUCUAAGCAGCUCACCCGGCGCCAUCCAUUAAACCGCAGCAAAUGCCUCCCGACGUGCGGUAACAUUAGCUUGGCUAUAGCCAGCCAUUUCCAUAGCAUUGUAAUAAUGGAAACGCUAGCUUUAUGCAUCAAACUCAGUGAUUUCGCAAACGCACAGAAUAUUUUUAUUUUGAUUUGCUAACGUUUUCUCCGAUUAAUGGUUACGACAGUGCCAUCAUUUGGAUAAACGUCAACAAUUUUGGACCCGGAACCCUUGGUCAGAACCUUCACAGGUACAGCAUCCUGAUCAAUCUUCAGACUGAAACAUCACUGAAGGACUACUAUUUGAAAUAGAUUUUUGACAAUGUUUCCACUCCAUACAUCAGAUCUUAUAAGGAAAUGGUCAUUUUGUUGAGGAAUGUUUGGCUGGGGAAACAAUAAUCUCAAAACUUGAAGAUGCCUUUGGUCCGAACAUAAACGAUUUUUUCUCUGUAGAGACUUUUUUUUUUUUUUUCUGAAAGCCGUUGCUGGCUUUAGAGGGCAGAAACAAUGUGGGCACCAUCGAGCUUGGAUUGUUGCUAGCAUGUUUGAAAGGAUUCAUCAGGGGAGACCCUUUGGCAAAAGUAUUUGUCACCAGACUCGGAUUUGACCUUGUUCAGUUAAAUAAUGCCCCUGAAAAUGUAAUUGACAUGGAUAUCAAUGGACUUUACCCAAAUUGUUGGGAUUCAGUGCCAUCAGUUCGUUUUUGACUAUUCAACUCUCACCUGUCAGGUGUUCUUAAUCAAAUGUCAUCUGUUAUCAGAAAUGUCUACACGAAGAAAAACCAAGCUUCUCCAUUGGUAUACUUAAAGACUUGCACCUAAUAUGAAUGUUGGACUGAAAGAACAUUGGUUUUUUUGUUUGUAAAUAAUCAUUUUUCUCAAACGGUUGCAGCUAUUCUGAACUUAGUCGUUCAGAAGUUGUACAUGACACUAGAUGGAGAAAAAAUGGCACAUUUUUAAUUCUGACUUAACCUGUAAGCAAGUGCAAUUUGCAUGGAGAAAAACUAGAAGCCUAACUAAGAAAGACUGAAAUGACUUAAAACAGGUUUUCCUCAAUUUGAUACUAAAUUCUCUUUUUUGAUAAAUCCAACCUUUCAACAGGAUGUUAAAUUACUAUCGAAAACAAAAACGAUGUUUCUAGAACUCAAAUUGAACUUUUUUCAAUCAUUUAAAUGCCAGUACUUCAUAUAUGUUAAUACAUUUUUGGGAUAAAGCUUGAUUUGCACUUUUCCAGACUUAAUAAGUACUGUUUGGACCUGGUGGAGUAACAUCAACUUUUUUUUUUUUUUUUUUUUUUUUUUUUUUUUACCUGGUUGGGGGAUAAAUACUAUGCAUUCGUAUGUUACUUUUUGAAGGUCACAUGAUUUUUGACCCAACAAAGAGGAAAUACGAUAUCCAUUAUCUCUUGAUUUUUAAUAUGUGAAAUGUUUUUCUCAAUUGAACUUGUUUUUCUAUGAACCAUAAUUUAUAUUUCCAAAGCACAAAUUCACUAGGUAGGCCGUGCCACCAUUAGAUUCACCUGAAUGACAACUCCUACAGCAUUCCAGCUGAGAAACAAAACAUCACUGUAUACAUAGGAAGGGAUGCCAAGUGGCAGUAAUAAGAGCGAAGGGCAGGGUCCAGGCUCCUCCCCCCUGCCCCAUUCCGUCAUCCUUUCCAACAGACCAAUACGACCAUCACGUUAUGUCCCUGUGUCAGCGGCCACUUUCUUCCUGGUGGGCUCAACAACGCUGUUCUUCUGCUUCACUUGUCCAUGGCUUUCGCAGUGUUUCUCGGUAGCUGUUCCCAUUUAUAACGGAAUCAUUUUCCUGUUCGUUUUGGCCAAUUUCUGUAUGGCCACAUUCAUGGACCCAGGCAUCUUUCCAAGAGCUGAGGAGGAUGAGGACAAGGAUGAUGACUUCCGUGCACCUCUUUAUAAAACUGUGGAGAUCCGCGGGAUCCAGGUCAGGAUGAAGUGGUGUUCAACUUGUCGAUUCUACCGGCCUCCACGUUGCUCCCAUUGCUCAGUCUGUGACAACUGUGUUGAGGACUUUGACCACCACUGUCCAUGGGUCAACAACUGCAUCGGAAGAAGGAAUUACCGAUACUUCUUCCUCUUCCUCCUUUCGCUGACUGCCCACAUCAUGGCUGUGUUUGGCUUUGGGUUGCUCUUCAUCCUCUAUCAUCACCAGUUUAUUGAUCGCCUGCAUGUGAUUGUCACGUUGGCAGUAAUGUGUGUUGCUGGCAUGUUCUUCAUUCCAGUUGCUGGUCUUACUGGUUUCCACAUUGUUCUUGUGGCAAGGGGCAGAACUACUAAUGAGCAGGUGACAGGAAAGUUCCGAGGAGGAGUUAACCCUUUUACCAAUGGAUUUUGGAAGAAUGUCACUCAAGUCCUUUGCAGCUCACAGGCACCCAGAUAUUUGGAUAGGAAGAAGUAUGUACAUCGAGUAUGUGUGCAGCCUCCAUUUCUACAGCCAAAACUGACUGACACCCAGCUAACCACGAAGAUCAUGGACAAUGGUUUACGAGGAGAUCUACAUCGGUCUAAAUCAAGUCUGGAUAUGCAAGAGAGCCAAUCAUGUGAUGCUGAACCACCUCCUCCAAAACCGGAACUCCGCUACCCUGGAAUCAUCAGAGGAAGCACACAAGAUUACAAUCUACUAAACAAGACACCUCCUACCCCAACUAUGUAUAAAUACAGACCGAACUGUAGUCCUGGAAAGAACCACACUCCACUAACCCAUGCUUAUGCAAAUCAGUUAAAUCGAGCGGAGAGGGACUUUACCAGUAGGGAUUCCUCUUCCUCCACCUCCUCUCUUGUUCAAUCCAGCCAUCAACCCGGUUUCCGCUCACAACCUUGCCUAGACUUAAGGGACACUACUGAUAGAGUUGGCGGAGUAGCAGGAAGGGAGCGAAAAGAGGGUGUGGAAACAGGAGGCAUCCCUGUCUAUUCUUCCACAGGGUGCUCCUAUCCCUCAUUUUCUGAUCCCGCCGUCCUGUCGGGAGACGCUUCGCAAUCCUCAGAUGUCGCUGCCCGUUUCUCUGAAACAACCACUACCUCAAGCAGCUUCAAGAGCUUAGCAAAUCAUACUCCUCCGCCUCACCACCUAGCACCUAACGGAAGCCUGUCGUACGACAGCUUAAUGGCCGGAGGUGAUGGUUUUGACAAAGGGGAUUCGGCGGGAUCCAAAAUUCCCGAGGCAUUACCAGCGGACGGUGGCUACGUCUCCCCCUACCCUCCUUCGAAAGCUGUUGAAAUUCAUUCCCAGUCUCCCCAGCGCCAUCACCCUCUACUACAUCGGUCAGCCUCUUCCACAUCCUCCUCUCCUCCUGAGAGGGAGCAUCUGUUGGUGGAACUGCAGCGAAGCAAUCACCCUUUGCCUUUCUGUCAGACUUCAGUACCACCCCCUUCCUCUUCUCAGCAUCCAGCGCACCAUCACCACCACCAUCAUCAUCAUCAUCAUCGUCACCAUCACUCGCAUCAUCACCACCAUUCCUCCUCUUCCUCCCAACCUUCUCGUUUCAUUGUGCCUCAGUCGCACCACCAUCCUUACCCACACCGCACGUACUCCACAGAUACCCCUUUGGGCUUGUCAUCAUCUUCCACAAACCACCCCUCUCACUCCCCGCACCAUCCGCCUCUUGGUAAAUCGCUGUCCUACUCAAGCGCCGCAGCGGCCGAAAUGCAGUACCAGCUCAUACGAAAGGCGUCCUCAGCGGCCGGAGCAAAUGCAGCAGGGGUUGCGGGAGGAAUGCAAGCACCAAAAUUUCCGGUGAGUUUAUUUUAUUCUACUUUCUGUGUUUUGUUGUAUGAGGGUUGGUUAUUAUUCUUAAGCAAUGUCUGUCCCCAAUUUUUAGACCGGGGGUCAGCAAUCCGCGGCUCUAGAGCCGCAUGCUUCUUUACCACUGCCCUAAGGCUCCCUGGAGCUUUUUCAAAAAUGUGUGAAAAUGGAAGAAAUGAGGCAGGGAAAUAUAUAUUUUGUUUUAUUAUGGUUUCUGUAGGAGGACAAACAUGACACAAACAUUUAACAUAUACAUUUUUUUUCAAAAGACAAAAAAAAAAAAUCCGCAAAACGUCUGUCAAAACUUUUAAUAUUGAUGUCCCACUGACAACCGAACAUGCUCGACGAACCAUUUAGAAGCUUGAUAAUAUUUAUUGAACUUGUUAGGAAAAAUAUUCAACAGAAAAAAAUAAGACUAGUAAAAUAAUAAGUUUUAUAUUUGAUUAUAUUAUUAUAUUUGACAGAAACAUCAGGUAUGGUCAUAGGCAUUUUUCCCCUAUACACAUACUCAGUACUUAAUUUGUAAAUCAUGUCAGAACGCACUGUACAUAUGACAACGCAGGGAUGACGAGACAGGCACAGGUCCCGGAACAUACACAGAAAUUGGUGCUAAAAACAAAACACAAAUGCCCACUUGCCAUGCCGUGGGACUUUGCUUUUUUUCUUUCUUUUCUUUGUGCUUUUCUGACUUGUUUUGAACCAUCUUCCUUCUUUUUGAAAAAAUAUAGUAAAUGCACAUAUCUAUUUGGCAUGUUGAA